AUGGCUACAGCUAAGCGUAAAGAGGCCAAUGGCAAUUAUCCAGGAGUAGUUGUCUUCGACGCCAAUUGUCCCGAGGCGAUAACAAAGCAUCCGGACUAUCUGAAAGACUGUUUUGCUCGAAAGGAUGCUCUGCUCGAAAGAAUUCUUGUUUGUUUCGAAGAAAAUCUUGAUUCAUGCGUUACUUCAAAGAAUGGACCAACAAUACCAAAAGCAAAUAUCAGUGAAUUGUUUCGACUGGGUGAAGAAUCAAUCACCAGUCAAGUGGAUAUCAUCGUAGAUGCAGCUGCUAUACCACUGAAACGAAUUCUUGGGACUGUCGGUGGUUUUGCAGUUUGUGUUAAGAAUUGCUUUUUGAAGAGGAACGAGAAAGGCUUCUGCUUCGAUCGCAAAAAGUAA